CAGACGCGAAACGUAAACAAUAAACUGCAAUCGUUCUUUUUGGGGAUGGCCCAACUUAAAUAUAAUAAUUCUGUUGAAGAUUAUUAGAAUAUCACAGAAAUGAAAAUUGAAGAACUUAUUAUUGAUGGAUUCAAGUCAUAUGCGGUGCGAACCGUAAUUAGCAAUUGGGAUGAUCAAUUUAAUGCCAUUACGGGACUUAAUGGUUCGGGUAAAAGCAAUAUUUUGGAUGCCAUUUGCUUUGUCCUUGGAUUGACAAAUAUGAGCACUGUUCGUGCUCAGAAUUUGCAGGAUCUUAUUUAUAAACGAGGUCAAGCUGGUAUAACAAAAGCAAGCGUAACAAUUGUGUUCAAUAACCGAAAUGCAUCCGCAUGUCCCAUCGGUUUCGAGGAUCAUCCCCAGGUCAGCGUUACCAGACAGGUUAUUAUGGGUGGUACAAGCAAAUAUUUAAUCAAUGGCCAUCGUGCUCUACAGCAAAAUGUGCAAAAUUUGUUUCAAUCCGUUCAGUUAAAUAUUAAUAACCCAAACUUUUUAAUUAUGCAAGGACGGAUUACGAAAGUGUUAAACAUGAAGUCUACUGAAAUUCUGUCUAUGAUUGAGGAGGCUUCUGGAACAAGGAUGUUUGAAGAGCGAAAAGAAAAGGCAUUUCGUACAAUGCAAAGAAAAGAAGCUAAAGUUGAGGAGAUUAAUACUCUAUUGCGUGAAGAAAUCGAACCUCGACUUGCUAAAUUAAGAUCUGAGAAGAAAACAUUCUUGGAGUAUCAACAGGUGUACAAUGACAUAGAAAGAUUAAGCCAGAUUUGCGUAGCCUUUGAUUAUCAUAAUUUAUCAAUAAAGCUGGAGCAUCUAGAGAAGCAAGUUUUUCAAAAACAAAAUGGCAUUGCUGAAACUGAAUCCUCCAUCGCAAAAUCUAAAGAGGAAAUCAAGGUUUUGGAGAAGCAUAUUAAGGACUUAGAGAAAAUUUGCUCUACUCAGAUGAGUGCUUCGUCGGAAUACGCUUCCUUGGAUAACCAACUACAGGCAGCAACUGAGAAAAUUACCCGUCUUAGCACAUCAAUAGAAAUUAAGCAAUCCUCUAUGCAAGAAGAGAUAAAGAAUCUUAAAAGUCUUAAAGAAAAGCGUGCGGCAGCUGAUUCCUUGCGUGACAAGAAAGAAAAAAAUUUCGAAAAAUCGCGUUUACUGUAUGAGCAAAAAAAUCGGGAAUAUCAGCAAACUUUGACUGCUGUCAAAUCUCAAGAAGAAUUAAUUUCUUCUUUAAGUACUGGUCUCUCUUCUAGCGAAGGUCACGAAAUUGGAUACUCUAAAAAGCUACAUGAGGCUAGAGAUGAAUUAAACCAGUUGAAUGCCGAAAAAGAGAUUGAGCGUAUGAAGCUUAAAAACCUUUCCAAAAGAAUUUCUGAAUUGGAACCGAGAAGAACAGAGGCAAAUAAACGCCAGCAGCAAAUAGAGAAACAAGUUGCUCAAUUGCAGCAAGAUGUAACCAAAAUAGAAUCUCGCCUAGAAAGUGGCGUUCAGGAUUCCACAAAAGAAAAGAUUUUGCGACAAAAUGUAGAUCAGCUACGUAAAGAAAGAGAACAGCUUUCUGAUGAAGUUGAUACCCUUCAUAGUCGAUUGGCGUACUUAGACUUUAGGUACACCGAUCCUGUUCCGAAAUUUGACCGUUCAAAAGUUAAGGGAUUAAUUGCACAGCUUUUUAAUCUCAGUAAGGAGAAUUAUGAUAAACAAACGGCUUUGGAGAUUACCGCAGGUGGUCGCUUAUACAAUGUCGUCGUUGAGAAUGAAAGGGUAGGUGCACAACUCUUGCAAAAUGGAAAUCUAAAAAAACGUGUAACUAUGAUUCCUUUAAAUAAAAUUUCCAGCUUUGUUGCCUCUUCGGAACGCGUCGGCGCUGCCAAACAUAUUUCAAACAACCGAGCUUCUUUAGCUUUAGAGUUAAUUGGUUACGAAGAUGAACUGUUACCAGCCAUGCAAUAUGUCUUCGGUGCUAGUCUUAUUUGUGAUGAUCCAGAUGUUGCUAAGAAAGUUACGUUUCAUCCAAGCGUUCGUUUGAAAAGUGUGACUACCGAUGGAGAUGUUUAUGACCCUUCUGGUAUAUUGACAGGUGGGUCGGUAAACAAAACCGCCGGUCCUCUCCUCCAAUUACAAAAACUUCGAGAAGUAUCUGAAAAGUUGAAGAAAAUAGAAAAUGAGUAUUCAACUUUGAAGCAUGAACUGGGACAAGUCAUUGCUGGGAAUGCUCAAUUUCAUCGGCUUGAACAAGAACUUCAACUGAAACGACACGAGCUAUCAUUGAUGGAGGAACAAAAAGUAAACGAUCCCUUAUGUCGUCUUCUUAUUGAAUAUCAUAAUUGUAAAGAAGAGCUUUCCGUUUUACGCCAAAGAAUGCCGAAUCUCGAUGAGCGUAUACGAGAGAACGAAACAUCAAUAAAGAAAAUCGAGAGAGACAUGUUUGAGUGGAAAAAUAAUAAAGGCUCGAAAAUGACUGAGCUUCACAGUGAGUUGACUAAGUUAAAGGAGAAGCUGCUUUCCAGCACCAAAGAUGUUGAGGAGGUUGAAAAUGAGCUAAACAGUGCCAAGUUAGAUCGGGAAAGCUUCACCUCCGAAAUACUUCGCUUCAAUGAUAAUGCUUCAUCUUUUGAAACUAGCAUUUCUCAUUUGAAAGAGGAACUGAGCGAAUUAGAAUUAAACUUGAAUGACGAACAAAGACGUCGUAAGUCACUGACUGAAAAGCUUGAACAGGAAACUCGGCGGUAUUCUGGGAUUAAUAACGAAUUGAAUAAUUUAAAGACUAAGCUAAAAGUCAUAGAUUCUUCCGUCAAUGAUCAACAACUACUUAGUCAAAAGCUUAAACAUGAGCAUGACCGGUUGGAACGUGAAAAAAAUGUUGCAGAGGUAGCAUUGAGACAAUUAGACAAGGAACAUUCCUGGAUUCAAGAUCGGAAACAAACUUUUGGUCAAGAAGCUACUAUGUUUGAUUUUCGCGCUCAAAAUAUACGACAAUGUAAAGAACAAUUGGCUUCUUUAAAACCCAAGUUUGCCAGUAUGAGGAAGACAAUUAAUCCAAAAGUAAUGGAUAUGAUAGAUGGAGUUGAGAAGAGAGAAGCAAAACUGAAAGCCAUGAUAAGAACUAUACACCGGGAUAAGCGCAAAAUCCAAGAAACUGUCUAUAGCAUUGAUAAAUUCAAAAAGCAGGCUUUGGAAAAAACUUGGAUUGAAGUUAACGCAGCUUUUGGCGAAAUAUUUGACGAACUUUUACCCGGAAAUAGUGCUGAACUUCAACCACCCGAAGGAAAAGAAUUUACUAGUGGAUUAGAAAUCCGCGUACGAAUUGGCUCAAUAUGGAAAGACAGUUUGGCUGAACUUAGUGGUGGACAACGAUCUUUGGUUGCUUUGGCACUUAUUAUGUCAUUGUUGAAAUAUAAGCCCGCUCCUAUGUAUAUUCUUGAUGAAAUUGAUGCGGCACUAGACUUGAGUCAUACCCAAAAUAUUGGACGCUUAAUAAAAACUAAGUUUAAAGGAUCACAAUUUAUUAUCGUCAGUUUAAAAGAAGGAAUGUUUACCAAUGCUAAUCGAUUAUUUCAUGUACGAUUUAUGGAUGGGAAUUCAGUUGUACAAACAAGGUAGGGAACAUCCAGUAUCUUGUUUACUUUUUGUUUAAAUGGAGUUUGAUCAAUUAUUUCUGUAUAUUUAGUUAAUAAAAUCGCGACAGCUAGCUCUCA